AAAUAAAAAAAAAACUAUUUUUUAGAAAGUCAAAAAAGAAAUGUCCAUUAAAUAAAAAUAAUUUUUGCAAUUUAUUAGAAAUUUCAAGUUUUUCAGUUGAGUAGCCCCAAUCAAACGAGGCCAUAGACUCUAUAUUAUCAGUCUAAGUCAUUCUUCAUUCUCCAUGUUAAGUGAACGAAACUUCUUUCUUUUUUUUUUUUUAUAUGAAAAUUCUUCUUCUUACUCCAACACGCAUUUAAACUUUUCUGCUAAAGACAAUUAAUUGAAAUUAAAGUUUCGACUCUAAAGCUCAAUCUUCUAUGUUUCUGGGAAAUUAUCUCAUUUUGUAACGUUCUAUCUUCAUCACGAAACAGCUAUUUAAACACGCAUAAAAUUUUCAACAACUCCUUUAGGUUUCUGAAAAUCUAAGGGAUUGAGGAUACUGUUAGAAUAAGUACGAUAAUCAUACGUAGAGGUUUUCCAUAAAGGGAUUCGCAAGCAUUGGUGAGAAAAUCAACCAUAAAGGCGUUGGCAACAAUUGGUAAGAAAAUCAACCUGAAAGGUUUCCUAAUCGUUUGAUGGAACCAUAUAUGUUAUUUCAUGACCAGAAAAUUAAGCAAUGUGCACCAUCAUAUUUUUAGGGCAAUUGGGUUGCAGCAAAUUUAGUGCUUCUAAGCUUGGUUAUAAAGGAUGCCUAUAACCCCUUUCGAAGAGUGGAAGCAAACCCAUGUGUCAGCUGCUCACCAUUUUACGUAGAAGCAAGCAACUCUCUCUUCCUCCCUCUCAACUCUCUUAUCUUACAGUUUAUUUCUGUCUAUAUAUGUACCUGCAAAAUCUGCUUCCAAAACCACCCAAAACUCGAGAAAAUAUUUUGUAUAGCUCUCUAUAAUUAGCCCUCAGUCUAGACAAGAACACUCUCCAAUGGCCAAAGACAGCUCCAAGAAAUCAGUCCAGGACAGGACACUGACAGGAGUAGGCAACCUCAUCAAGCUCCUCCCUACAGGAACAGUCUUCAUUUUCCAGUUCCUUAAUCCUGUCUUGACCAACAAUGGUCAUUGUCACACCAUUAACAAGUACCUUAGUGGGAUCCUCAUGGGGCUUUGUGGGUUUUCUUGUGCAUUCUCUUCUUUCACUGACAGUUAUGUUGGAAGUGAUGGAAUCACUCACUAUGGGAUUGCAACUGUGAAGGGACUAUGGACAUCUGCAGAUGCAGAAUCAAUGAACAUGUCAGGAUAUAAGCUUCAGUUUGGGGACUUUGUUCAUGCUUUCUUUUCAGUGAUUGUGUUUGCUGUUUUGUCUCUUUUGGAUUCUAACACUGUGGAAUGUUUUUACCCCUCUUUUGAGUCCUCUCAGAAGACUCUGCUCAUGGUGUUGCCUCCAGUUAUUGGUGUAAUCUCAGGCUCUAUCUUCAUGUUCUUCCCUAACAAGCGCCAUGGAAUUGGGUACCCUCCAAGUUCAAGUGAUUCUUCACAGCAAUCCUAGUGUGUGCAGUGUGCUGCUUUUAUAUUAAUAUCUGUUCUUCAUUAUUUAUUGCUUCACCAAGUUUGAAUUCUUCUUUUUCUUCGUUCCUUAACAGUACUUGUAAGAACGUUAACUUUGUCCUGAUUUGUAUGAUUGCUUUUAAAACUAGAGGGAAUACUGGACAUCAUUCCCCUGGCAUAAGCUUGUUGUUAGUCCAUGAUUUAUUAAUUAAGAAAUGAUGAUGCUAUUAACUAUGCAA